AUCUAAAAUUCUUAUUGGUAUGGAGAAUAUUAAAUAAUUUGAGAAAAUUUGGUAAGUGAUUAACCAGUGGGUAUGGAUAUAUUGUUUUAGAAGAUGGUGGAUAAUACUAUGAUAAUGGAUUAAAAGAAGGUGUAUGGAAAGAGACAAUUUAAAAUUAAAGAAGGUAACAUAAAAAAAAAAGAAUUUUCAAUAGUUAUGUAUAAUUAUAUGAGAAUGGAUCAUAUGAUAGAGGAGGAAAUGGGACUAAAACUGGUAGAUAGAUUGAAAUGAGUGAGGAGUUUAUAUAGAAUUCCUAAAUAAUUA